GUUCAAACUCAGAGCAGCGUUGUACUGCGCAGGGGGUAGAGAGUUCACCAGCAAACUGUGUCUGUUUGGAACACCAUCCCCAUGCGCCUGCCCCCACAAGGAAACAUGGAACCUGAAGCCCUCGAACAAGGCUUAUUCAGGGGGACCGAACAACGUCGACAUAAUCUGCCGACUUCAAGGCCAACUUCGUGUUGUUCUCCAAAAUAUUCUCAAACCCGGCUGAAUAAAACAUUGGACACAGACAGUGGAAUUUUAAGUUCCUGCAGUAGCAGAUCAAGUUCUGAAAUUUACAGUAUGGGCAAAGGGACAUCUUCCAGUGCCAUUGGUGAGAAUAUCUGUGCUUCAGAUCGAUAUGGUAUUCAUUUGCAGAGGGAUCUGCAGUUAAGUUUUUUGGAGUCUGAAAGCAGGAGAUGUGCUCUUACUGACAGUCUUAAAACAGCUUGCUGUGCCUUAAAAAACCAGCGUGAACAGAUGAGUAAGAAGAAUAUGGAAGUGAUUAAUCAUGGCGCAAUAAUUGACAAGAUGAUCUUAAAACAAAAGCUUUUAGAAACUAAGGUGAAGUUACUUCACAAGGAGGAGGUGACACAGAAUGGACUUAAACUGGAUGAAGCUGAAAGAGAGAGAAAAUUCCAGGACAGGAUCUGGUGCUUAGAAGAGGAAAUUGAAAAUAUAAAUCUCAAACUGGAACAAAUGGCUCUGAAGAAAAGAACUACUACUUUGUCUCCGGUUUCCUGCUACCUGGGGGAUGGAAGCAAUGAGUCUGAAGAACAGCCACCAAACUGCCUGCAGAUCCUGAAUGGCUCAUUGAAUCACUAUCAAGAGAGAGACGGGAAUCCCCAGGAAGAGAAUGAAGGAGCAAAUCCGGGCAGUUAUGUCUAUGAAGGAGAUCUCCAAGAGCACCCAUCUUGCCUUGUCAGAGCUGAAACAGGAAAAGUAUCAAUCGAGACCCAAAUGGCAGACCUCCACUCUGAACUAUUCCAAACUAAAUGUGAGAGCUUUGGAUUGAAAAAGCAGUAUCUCGAGUCUGAAUCACAGCUAACUGCUAAUAGAAAUAUAAACGAAAGCCUUUUGUUGGAAAUAACGAGAUUGAAACAAAACUUGCAGGCUUCAGAACAACAAAUCCUGAAACUGCAGAGCGAAAAGGCAAUUUUAACUUCACGUCUGAAGACCCUGGAAAGUGAACGGCAACAGAUAUUCAAUCAAAAAGAACUUUUGCUGAAAACACUGAAAAGAUUGAAAUGUCACAAGCAUGAAGAUUCUUUGUUCCAAAUUAACUCUGAUGACAGGACAUCAUCAAUAAACCUUCAGGAAUGCCCCACAAAACUAUGUGCACAGUGUGAGUACCUUACAAAGGAGCUGAAGUUGGCCAAGAAGGAGGAUAAGGUGUCUAUUCACCAGGAGCAAUUGGAAGGUGGUAGGGAGUGUCUAACUGCUGGCAGGAAUGCUGUGCAGGCUGCAGAAACAGAGUCACAAAACACAGAGAUAGAAGAAAAAGACCAACAAUCAAAGAAGAUCAUUUCAAAGAUCAAUCAAGAUACACAAGAAAAUGCAAGAAUAUGGAAAGAGCGAAAGGAUUCAGUUGAAGGAUUACAACAGCAAAGUGCAGAUCUGACGAAAAACCACGAUAACAUAAACCUGCAAUUUGAAAACCUAUUGGAGGAAAUAGAAGGUUUUGUGAAACUCAGUCUAAAGCUGGAGAAUGAGAGAAAUCAAACAGUUUGCAAACUAAAAAUGCAGACAACAGAAGUAAAGAACCUUGAGAUGUCAAGUGAAUACAACAGAAAAUUACUGCUACAUCUUCUGAGGAAGAACAUUCAUCUCAGGCAUGACAACCAGUUAAAGGUCAACCAGCUCACAGUAUUGAUCAUUGAACUACGCCAUCUGAGGAACGCUUAUCAGGCACUCUGUCAAAGUGUGGACUAUCCUGAGGACAACUCAUCAGCUGAUUGGAUAAACAGGCUACAAAUAAUUAAGAACACAAUCGAAAAGUUUAAAACCCAGCAGAUGAAGCUGAAGCUCUUGGAAGAGGAGAACAAGCUGUUAGCACAAAAAUCAGGCUGUGAAUCAUUGCGAAACAUGGAAGCUAAAGUACGCGCAUUGCAGAAGGACAUUUUAAAGUUGACAGAUUUGGAUGCACAGACAGGACUGCAGCAGGAUCACCACAAAAUCCUUUUGACAGAUAACAAUGGGAAACAAUGGGAAGACUCCCAGGUUGUGAGAAACAGGCAAUGUUAUGGGAAAAGGGGAAGCAGAAGCUGAAGUGAACCUAAAAAGGCUUUAUCCAUUUUCUGCGCAGAAAAUGGCUACUGAAGAUGUGUAAUAAGCUAUCUCUCAAAUGCUACCUUUGCCAAUACUGUACUUUAAUUGUUAUCUCAUUCAAUUAUGCCAAGUUCAUAUAUUUUUCAAACUCAACACGAUAUUGUGAACAUUAAGGAGAGAUUGGUUAAUAUGCUGCCAUUUCUCUUUAGAUGGUUGAUCCAGCAAAAAAAAUCACAUUCUGCUAACUGUAAAGGAUUUGCAUGAAAUCAGUUAAAGUUUCUUAAUUAGUGGGUAAAAACACAACACAAAACCAAAGGAACUCUGUUCACAUUGAAUAAUCAUAGGCAAGGCUGUAGAAAUGUGAUUGGGGGCAAACAGUGAUCAGUGACAAUCAGUGACCUGGGAAUACGUCCCUGCCACCCACUACCCUCCUCCCCCAUGACCUGCUGGACAUUCAGAAUGGGGAAUGGGUGGUAGGUAUGAGUGUUGCCCAGGAUCAGUCAGGAUCCACGCUCUUAUAAGGUAGACUUCAAGACCUGUUGUUGGGAGAAUGGACAUCAGACAUAAGCAUUGGAGUAUUGGAUGAUGUCGGGUUUAUGGAGAAUGGGAGUGGCCAGUGAAGAAUAAUUGGAAUUGUCAAGUCUAAUGGUUUAAAAAAAGGCAGUGAUAAAAUUUUCAACAGCAGGGGCAGAGUUUGGCAGUGUUAUGGAGAUGGGAAUAGACCAUCAUUGUGAGGGUGCAGAUAUAUGUUUGGAAAUUUACCUCAGGGUCAAAAAUGUUACCCAGGUUCCAAUCAGUCUGGUGUACCUUAAUGCAGUGAAUUAGUGAAUUGUCAAAAAGUAUUUCCAAUGGAUAGUAAGUGAAUGAUAAGAGAUUAACAAUUUUACAUUGUCACAGGAGGAGAGGGAGAACAAAAUAAGCUUAUUUACAGAGAGAAAAAAAACCAUUGAAUGGAAUGUUUAAUCAAAAGUAAUGGUUCAGGCAGACUCCAUUUGGCAACUUUGAAUAGAAAAUCGGUUGGAUGUUUGAUUACGGACAGGGAAUGCUUUUGGAUUGCUGUAGUAAAGGGCCAUUGCAGACACAAUGGAUAAAGUAGCUAACAAUGUGUUGUGAUCCAUGGGUAAGGCAACCUUGGGUCUGAGUUCUAAAGAAAUAGUAAGACAUCCAGUCUGAGGGAAAAUGGAGAACAUUACAGAAAAACAUAGGAACAAACACUGCAAAAGCUGCUAUGAGGUUAAAAAGCUUUUAUCAAUUUACCAUUGUCAAAAUGAUGAUUGGAGUCAUACAGCUGUCAUUAAGAUGCAAUAUUUGCCAAUAGUGCUACAGUAACAUGAUGGUUCAGCAGUUAGCACUGCGCCUCACAGUGCCAGGGACAUAGGUUUGAUUCUAGCCUUGGGUGACUGCCUAUGUGGAGUUUGCAUAUUCUCCCCAUGUCUGUGUGAGUUUUGUCAGGUCCUCUGGAUUCAUCUCACAGUCCAAACAUGUGCAGUUUAAGUGGAUUGUCUGUAGUACCCAGGGAUGCGCAGACUAUUUGGAUCAAUCAUUGUAAAUGUAGGAUUACGAGGACAGGGUUGGGCAGGAUUGAGUUCAGGUGGGAUGCUUCACAGAGGGUUGGUGCAGACUCAGUGGGCUGAAUGGCCUCUUUCCACACUGUGGGGAUUCCACGACUUCUCCAGUUUAGACUUGAAAUUUUUGUUUUGGGGAAUCUUAAUCUUACUCCCUUAACCCUGGGUCAGGGAGGUGCAUUGUCAGAACGAUAAUACUGCCCAGCAAAGACGAACUAACAUAGCCCAAACUGGUGAUUGAAAAUAACACCUUGCCAAUCAGCUAAGUUUUUUAUUGGGCAAUGAUAUUGAUAGAUGCAGAACAUUCGAAGCGAAUAGAAGGAUACAUAAGCAAUAAUGAUUGAGAAAGCUCUCACCAUUAUUAAAAUCAGUGCCAGUGACUUGGAUAUGCAAAGGCAGUGAAGCCAUUCUUGGAUCUCCUCUGAGAUUGCUAUAGAGAUGAUCAUUUUUAUAAAGCUGCAACCAACUGAUUCAGUUCCGUUCUCUGAAUGGAAGCGCCUGACGCUCUAAUACAACCUUUGUGAACUUUUGUGCAUUCAUGCUUCGCACUGUAAAGCUCUGUCACAUCUCGGUCCACUCAUUAUUAUUGUACCAUUAUUGUAACUAUAACUGGAAGAAGUCUAACAACACUCAGUAACCAGGAGGAGAGGGAAGAUGGGCAAUGUAGCCAUUAUUACAAUGUGCUUUCCCAGCUACUAUCCAAACACGUUAACUAGAAACCAUCCAGCCUUGAAGAUGUUCUUGAAGCCUUCUUAAAGAGUGUAAUUUUCCGCAGUGGAGGAUCCUACUGUACAAUUAUUCAGUUUGAGCUGGGCACUGGUCCAAAGGACCACACAUGUUUGAGGAGAGCAAAGGCGGUAGAGAUCUGGCCAUGGUCACUUGUCCCAGUUCCUUUUCUUCGCACUUUGAACUAAACAUUCCUCAGUUAUGUUACAGAGCAAUGUAAGGCUAAAAGCCAGCAAUAAUUGAAGGUGAGUGCAAGAAGGUGAUGGGUGCAAUUUAGCAUUCGAUAUAGAGUAUCUUGAGAACUACUCCAAACAUGCACUUGGUGCAGUUCAACAUUCUUCAGUGCAAUAAGUGUACAAAAUGUUCAUUAAGAUUUGGGAAAUCGUUAAAUUCAUGGCUACCCCCAGACCAGGAGGGCUUGAACAGUGAUCCAGGGUAUAUGCCUGUUAUGCUGCAACAUGAAAAGUAUUAUUCUGUUUCUACACUUUAUUCCACUUGCUACAUCUCGUGAAGUAUUUUGUUAAUUUUACUUAAGUCCAGCAUCUUGUU